GGGCAGAAAAUGGCGGACGGAUGACAUUUGCGUGGGUGACUGAUUUUCUGAAUGGAAGUCGAAGUUUUAUCUGAAGAAGGCUCAGUGGAAAGUUCCAAGGGCCUCAAAUUGUUCUCCAAAUGUUGGAAAUUAAGAGACACGCAACCUCGGUAGGUAAACUGCCGAGUGUCCUUGUAGAUCGGAUUCGCUUACUGUGCUCCCUCCACGAUCCACACCCUCAUUCUCUUCCUAAGGGCUGUCGAGUGCAGUUUCUGGUGGUAAGAAAUUAGCAGGCGCUGAACUCGUUGGCUCCAAAGGUCUGUUCUAAAAAUCGUGGUCGCGGCUUUGAUCCUCAGUUUCUAUGAUGCCAUAAAAAAGAAAAAAAGACUUUGACAUUUAAGCCUGUUUGUCACAUAUAUAUCUCCUAACAAAUUGAAGCGAGGCAAAAGCUUGUAAAAAAAAAAUGAAAAAAAAGGCUUAUCCUCUCUUACUAUGUAGGUAUAUAUAAUGUGCUUAAUAUUUAAGUUAUUAUUCCUCUUUCUUAUUUUCACACUAACAUGUUGGUUUUGAUGUAAUCUAGUGCAUUGAUAUUUGUGAAUCAUGGAGUUGGAGAGCACUGUUCAAGAUAUGAGGAAUUUGCGCAAGUGUUAGCUAAGCAAGGAUUCCUUGUUGUUUCACAUGAUCAUGGUAAAUUUUGUCAGCUUUUUAGUUAAUACUGAUAUGACUGUCUUGUUUCUGUUUCAUUCCAGCCCUAACUAUUUCAGUUUGUUCCCCCUUUUCUUUUCAUUUGUCUACGUCUCCAUCUCCCUUCACCAGGUUUCUUCUUAUUUUCUCUUCAUAUUUUACUCACCUGUUUUGAUCUUUUUUCUGUUCUUUCCUACUGCUUCUCUUAAAUGUAAAGUUGUAUAUUUCUUUUCCUUUGUCAGAAUACUUCUUGGUUUGUGGUUUGCUAUUCUUUCUUCCAUUGUCUUUUUUUCUUACUUUCACUGGCUUCAUCUUUCCUCUCAUUCUCCUUCCAUUUCCUCUUCAUCCUUCUGUUUUACUCCAUUCCUUUCAUCCUUCUGUCCUUCUUCUUGUUUCAUCCCUUUCUUCCCAUUAUCACAUUUUCAGUUCCAUUUUCUUACCACCCUAUUUCUCUCUUUCUUUCCAUUUUCGUACCCUUUCCAUUUUCCUACUUUCUUCUCCCCAUUUUCCUUUUCCCUAUUUUUCUUUUCCACUUUUAAAACUACCAGGUUCAAGAUAGCCUUGAAGUCCAUAAAGGUUUAUAUAAGUGUUUCACAUCUUUGUUUGCUUUUAAGUGGGUCAUGGCAGAAGUGAAGGUGAACGUGUACAGAUUUCUUCCUUCAGUAUUUAUGUCGCUGAUGUGUUAAAGCACAUUGAUGAGGUGUUACUGAACAAUGCUGGAUUACCCAUCUUUUUGUUUGGUCACUCCAUGGCAAGUACAUUUAUUUUAUUUAUAGUUGAUUAUUUGUAAAAAUGUUACACAUGUAAGUUAAGUAACAGUCACCUUUUCCCUCUACUUCAGUCCAUAAAAGUGUAAGGAUUGAUUGGUACAUGAUCAAGGCUGGAUUUUGUUAUUUUUUAAAAGCAGUUACAUUUACAGCUGUGAAUGGUCACCCAUAACAUUAUAUUUGCAGUGCCAGUAUGCAUUCCCCAACUUGCACUCAGAACAUCAAGCAAGUUCAUCUGUGAGUGGUGUUAUGUAUUCACUGCCCUUUAAUGACAGCUUAGUAUCUUUUACUUACCGGUAUAAAACCCUGUUUUCUUUAGGGAGGCACCAUUGCAAUCCUGUGCGCUAUGGAAAGACCACAUUUCUUCACAGGAACUGUACUAUGUGCUCCUGCAAUUUUGGCUAAUCCAGAAACUGCCACACCCUGCAUGGUAAGUCUCUCUUAAUUGAAUAAGGGUUCUCUGGAAUGUCUCCUAAAGAAAAUCACAGCUGUACCAGCUACUCACAGAAAAUGAUAAUUUUUUAAGUGGGAUAAUGAAUCCAUGGUAUUUGUUCCUCAAAACUCCUGAUUGACAACAAGAAACAUAUGAAACAAAGCUGUGGGUUAUUAUAGUUGCUCCACACGCACUUUUUGGGGCCUCAAAAUUACAAUUUUGAUGGAGGAUUCCUCCAGACUCCCCCAAUGGAAGGGAUACGACCCUGCUCUCAUACCUGGCCUACCACCAUGCAUGGCUGCACUGCAUAAAAGCUGUUCUGUUCCUUUUGAUGUGAUCUGUUAUCAGUGCUUGAAUCUUUCUCCCUUCACCUUUAAUUUUUCUGGUUAAUUCUUUCUGUUUGUACAGAGUGUACGAACUGUGAACUGCUCUUAAUGAUCUGUAACAGUGCGGCAGUACUGGACAUGACUGGUCGUGAUUAUUUUAAGAAAUUGUAAAUGUGGGUGAAGACAAGGUAUUAUUAAUUUAUCUUGUAUUUAUCAGAUAUUUUUAGGGAAGAUAGUGUCACAUAUCGCACCCUCAUAUCAAGUAGUUGGAUCUGAGAAUCACUCUGCGCUUAGCCGGGAUCCUGACCAGGUAAGACCAUCAUGUUCAUCAUUCUGUGAAAAAAAAAAAAAAAAACAAGAAAAUAUGUUCAAAGUUUGUGAUUGGAAUUCUUAAGGCUACAUUUGAUUGAUCAUAUUCUAGAAUAAAAGUGCUCAGAACAAUAUAUUUUUUUCCCCUUUCAUCAUAAAACGGAGUCACUGUAUGGAUAUUUAAAUAUUAAUAAUAAUAAUAAUAAUAAUAUUAAUAUUAUUGUAUUCAGACAGGACUGUAGAUUAUAGAUUGUAAAAAAUUACAAGGCAAUUUGGAAGAUGAAUCUUGCAGUAAAUGUUUACGACUCUGAUUUUUUUUCGGGAACACAUCUCAUUUUGCUCAAACUUAGACCUACUCUACAUGAAGUCACACAAUCCCUGGAGAAAGGAAAAAAAGUGCUGUUUUUCCUUUUUUGGUAAAGGGUGUGGUGACACGUAGGCUGAAAGAGUACACUAUACAUGUAAGUCCAGUGGGAAAUGAAAUAUUCAUAACAUGUAUAUCUUAUUAUGUAACUUCCUCUUUCCAUUUUUGUUUUCGAAAGGUUGCAACUUUAAGUAUGGAUCCUUUAGGAUGGAAAGGUGGCUUGAAAGCCAAGUGGGCAAUGUCCAUGUAUGAUGCGAUGGAAAAAGUGAAACACAAUUUACCUAGGAUUGAAUGGCCAUUUUUAGUGUGUCAUGGUGAUGCUGACCAGCUUACAAUGGUUGAAGGAUCAACGAUGCUGGAACAAAAGGCAGCAAGCAAAGAUAAGACUAUAAAGGUAAUGGUAAAAUGAUUACUAAUUUGUCUUAAAUAAAGUGGUUUUUAUGUAUUCUGAUGACACUCCUAAUACCUGACUCACAGACUUAAAGGCUACAUUCACAUGGAACCAGAGUAAUUUUUGACUGGGCCCUUUGAUCACAGUCCUCUGGGAGCAGAGGCUACAUUUUCGCUGUGUGAGCUCUUGUGUGAAAAGUAGCCUCCGCCGACAACCAUUCAAUUUUCAUCCACACCCAGAGAUAAGUGGGGGGACCGGUCUCCAAAAAAUUUUUUUCGGCCCCUCGGGCCUCAGUUUGGUCUAAAAAUAAGUCAGGGAGGGGGAGGGGGCAGGCCCCCUGGGUCCCUCCCCUGGAUGUGACACUGCAUCUUUGAAAACUAUAAAAAACUAUUAAAUUUUAUGUUUUUAUUACCUCACAGAUUUACCCUGGUUUUUAUCACAAGCUUUUAAAUGAGCCAAAGGAAGAUGCUGCACUUGUCAUAAAUGACAUACUGUCAUGGUUAAGCCAGAGAGUGCCAUGAAUUUGCAAAUAAUUUUCCGCUUUUAAUUAAAAUCAUAUAGAUUCAUGGUUUUACUGUGAAACUCACAAAACCGUGAACACCAGAAAUAUUUAUGGAAUGUUAUUGUGUUGCAAAAACUAAGCCAAUAAGGGUGAGAUAACUAAACCAUAAACAACAACAGUAAUUAAUUUGUGGUUUUGAGGUCUGCUUGCCUAUCCUGAACUUUAUUGUGAUUGGCCAGUACACAAUCAACAUUCCUGAAAUUUUUCUGGUGUUCACGGUUUUCUCAGUUUGGCAGUAACAAAGUAACUUUAAAUAAUCAUUGGGCUAGUAAUUGCUCUUGCAGCAGUAGUGGCCUGUUAUGAUUUUAAUUCACUUUUGGGUGAACAAGGAAAUCUAAUUUACUUUAAACAAAAUUGCCAGACACCCUGAACUUCACGGGCUCAGAACUGGAAAGGGUAAGAUAAGGAGUGGCGCGAAGUGAAGAGCAGACUGAAAAAAAAAUGAAUAAAAAUGGAAGAGAGAAGGAAUUUUUUCUGUGGCUCCCCAACUUGUCAGUUCCCUCUAAUUUUUUCAACCGUGUUCUCCUCUCCAUGCUAUUACCGCCAUUUUAAGCAGGUUAUGGGAAAAAGUUUCAGGAGAAUUGAACUUACAUUGAAUAGUAGUUUGAGGGAUAUAGGUUUGAUGGUUUGUUAAGGAAGUUAGGUUUUAAUGAAAUACUUAAGUAAAGUAUUAACCAUUUUUAAAUAUUAUUAUUUACCAGUAAUGUAAAUGAAGGGCCAAGUGUAAAACAUUACAAGUGAAAUGUUUUCUGACAGUGUUUGGUAUUGUUGUUUUUUGUCAUUAUUAUUUAACAAGUAAUUUUAUGUGUACAGUAUUAUACAUCUUUUUGUAUAAAUUAAUGUCAAAUAAACCUUCAUCAGUCUUAGUGCUUGGGUAGGAAUUCAAGAAAAGUUAAUUAUACUCAAAAUUGUUGCCAUAAUUUUCUUAUUUUUAAACCCUCACUGUGAAGUGAGCUCCAUUAACUUUUAAUUAUUGGCAUUUAUCUACGUUAAUUUUAUCUUACCUUGGGGUUAAAUAAUAUAAUUUUUUAUUAUUUAUACCACUCAAGCUCAUUACAUUUUUUUUAUGAUGCAACAGUUCCUUCUGUUCUUGAUAUAACUUGAUGACAUGAAUAAAUUGAUGAAUAGUUCUUAUGUUAACAUUGAAAGGAUUAGUGAAGAAAAGACAUAAAAAGAACACUGUGAGCGGGUUAUAAGCAAAAUGUGAUCUAGAAGAACACUAGUGGGGUAGAUUUCAACAAGAUGAUAGUAGGCAGUAUUUUAUGGGACAAUGUAAGAAGCAUUUUAUGACACUUAUAGCAUUUGUUAUGCAGUGCACCCAUAGAAAAUAAAAUUGAC